CUCCUUAUAUCUAGCCUGGCCAGUGAACAGCCUCGCGCGUUUUGUGGCAUUUUGCUCCGAGAGCUGAGCUGGUUGUAUUACCACACAUCGGAACAAUCUUACCUAGCGCGCACGCACACAUACAUACAGGCAGGAGAUCGAUAGUUUUGAGGCUUGUAUACGCCUCCCCCAGGCCUAUCACGACGCCAUGGACGAACAACAUGGCGAGAAAGCCAUCAACACAGCAGCUAGAACGUCGAAGCGCAACCUACCCUGGCUAGCCGUAGCGGUCGCGGCCUUGGCAGCGUCGUGGCUGCUCGUGUCGAUGGUGCGGUCCUACUGGCGGCUGGCGCACAUCCCGGGCCCGUUCCUGGCGCGGCUCACCAACGCGCCGCGGUUCGGGUGGGUGCUCAGCAACAAAGCACACGAGGCGCACGUGACGCUGCACCGGCGGUACGGGCCCGUGGUGCGCUUCGGGCCCAACAUGGUGUCAGUGGGGGCGCCGGCCGAGGUCGGCACCGUGUACCGCUUCGCCAAGCCGUGGCUCAAGUCGGACUUUUACACGGCGCUCAUGAUGAAGCCCAACGGCAAGCCCAUCCCCGGUAUCUUCGCCGCCCAGGACGAGGACAUCCACCGCCGCCUCAAGAAGCCCGUGUCGGGCGCCUACGCCAUGACCACGCUCGUGUCAUUUGAGCCCUACGUUGACACCACCAUGCGCGUGCUGUGCGACGAGCUGCGCGCGCGCUUCGUGACGGAGGAAAACGACCCAGACAACAAGCCAGAGUGCGACCUGGGCCAGUGGCUGCAGAUGUUCGCGUUUGACGUCAUCGGCGAGCUGACCUUUUCCAAGCGGCUGGGCUUCCUCGAGACGGGCACCGAUGUCAACGGUGUGAUGGCGAGCAUAUGGCACAUGUUCCAGGAGACGGCGCUCGUCACGCAAAUGCCCUGGCUCGACGCCGUGUGGACCAACAACCCCGUGCGCCGCCACCUGCGCGGGAAGGGCAUUAGCCCCGGCGCAGCCUUCGCCAUGGCCCGCGUCCAGGAGCGCCGCGCCCUUAUGCAGACUACCGACAAGAACGACUGGGACCGCGACACGCGCGACUUUCUGUCGCGCUUCCUUGAGAUUGAGGCCAAGGACCCGUCGCUGCCGCCAUACGCGCUGGCGGCAUGGGCGUCGUCCAACAUCACAGCCGGGUCCGACACGACGGGCAUCUACCUGCGGGCCAUGUUCCACUACCUGCUGACGCACCCGGCGACGUUGGCGCGGCUGCGGGCCGAGGUGGAUGCGGCGGCAGCCGCCGGCGACAUGCCCGAGUCGCUCGCGCCGUGGCGGCGGGCGCGCGAGCUGCCGUACCUCGAUGCCUGUAUCAAGGAGGCCGGCCGCUUGCACCCGCCCUUCGGCCUGCCCUACGAGCGCGUCGUCCCGCCCGAGGGCGCCACCGUCUGCGGUAAGUUCCUACCGGGUGGUACGGUCGUCGGUAUGAGCGCGUUCGUCGUCGGCCGCGACCGUGAGCUGUUUGGCGACGAUGCCGACUCGUGGCGCCCCGAGCGCUGGCUCGAGGUCGGCGAAGAGAAGAGGCGGCGCAUGGAGGGCGGACUGAUAGCGUUCGGGGCUGGCCAUCGCUCGUGUAUGGGCAAGCACAUUGCCUACCUUGAGAUGUACAAGGUGGUGCCGACGCUGUUGCUGCAUUUUGACUAUGAGCUGGUUGAGCCGCAGAACUAUCGCAUUGAGAACCGGUGGUUUGUGAUGCAGCACGGACUUAUUGUGCGGUUGAAGAACAGGAAGCCAGUCACCGGCCAGUGAGAUAGCAGCCUUAGACCCAGUCGUACUUGAAGACGUUGUAUUUGUCAGCCAGAGUGCUUGCUUCUUGAGAACUGGACAAAGAAGGAAGCCGCGUGCGACUGCCCACACGGUCGCCAGACGUGGUGGAGUGUCAGAUUAAUUGGGCGGAAUGACAUCUCGAUUCCUGAACUACCGAAUUUAAAAAAGACCAUGACUACAUUUAGGCAAACAAGGUAGCCAGGACCACGGUGAUGGCCAGUUACCAAAAGCCGACGCAGCGCCUGUCCUAGCU